CGGUGUUGAACGCGGAAGUAGCAAACUAGCACGUUGGGGUACUUCAUGAACUAAUAUUUAGCACAGCCAGGUGAGAGCAGAGCAGAUAGCACCAACAUGUCUUACAGCGCAAAGAUAGGCCCGUCCAUCCUCAGCAGUGACCUGGCCUGCCUGGGCACUGAAUGUGUCCGAAUGAUGGAGUGCGGGGCUGACUUCCUGCACCUCGACAUUAUGGACGGUCAUUUUGUACCCAACAUCACGUUCGGUCAUCCCAUGGUGGAGUGCCUGAGGAACUGUGUGGGGCCGGGCCCUUUCUUUGACAUGCACAUGAUGGUAUCAAGGCCAGAGCAGUGGGUGAAACCCAUGGCAGCAGCAGGAGCCAAUCAGUACACAUUCCACCUAGAGGCCACCACCAAUGCUGGAAACCUCAUCAAGGAGAUCAGAGAGAGCGGCAUGAAGGUGGGCCUGGCCAUAAAGCCUGGGACUACAGUAGAGGAGUUGGCCCCGUGGGCUGGACAGAUCAACAUGGCUUUGGUCAUGACUGUGGAGCCUGGCUUCGGAGGCCAGAAGUUCAUGGAGGACAUGAUGCCCAAGGUGAGCUGGCUGAGGAGUCAGUUUCCCUCUCUGGACAUUGAGGUGGACGGAGGAGUGGGUCCUUCUACCAUCCAUAAGUGUGCUGAGGCAGGCGCUAACAUGAUUGUGUCGGGCAGUGCUGUGGUAAGCAGUGACGACCCUCGCUCUGUCAUCGCAAUGCUGCGCACCGCCGUCUCGGAGGCCAUCCAGAAACGCUCGCUGGACCGCUGACACGCCAACCCCUGCCUGGAGAUCACUACAGUAAUGCCUCCCACCAGACCGCCAUAGCAACAUGCUACUACACCCUAAAGAAGGACAGUCAAAGGAUGUUUCUCUGGUGGUCAGGGAGAGGUAGGAUGGGUGAAGAAGGGGUGUGCCGAUGUCACAGGUUGAUCCAGUGAGGCUGCGCCCCUUACCCUGAAUACCCCAGAACAUCAGAACCAACCCCAGUCACCUCAAAGCUCCACACUCAGCCAAGAUUACUACUCAACCCCAAACAGUUUACCCACCUACCAGCUUAGGCCUGUGAGUGGAACAGUGGUUAUGUUGACUUCAAACAAUAAUUCUAAACAUUCCUGAAUAUAUUUGGAAUACUGUUAUGUUGAAAACAAUUUUAAGUAACCUCCCGAGUGGCGCAGUGGUCUAAGGCAGUGCAUCGCAGUGCUAGCUGUGCCACUAGAGAUCCUGGUUUGAA